AUGAAGCUCGUGAUCUUGUCCCUCCUUGCUGCGGCGAGCGAUGCUGUCUUGGGCCAAGUGACCGAGCGCCCGGACUCCGACCAUGUCACCGUCCAAACCUCCACCGGCAGCUUCACUGGGCUCAUCGACCCCAAGUUUCCAAACACCCUACAGUUCCGCGCCAUCCCGUUUGCGAAGCCGCCAGUGCUGGAGCGUCGCUGGCUGGCGCCUCAGAAACUCUCAUCGUCUUCAAGUGAGCAUCAUUACGCCACCCGGUUUCCACCAUCGUGCCCGCAGUUCGUGACGGCAGUGACCUCACUCUGGAACCAAAACUUGACCAAAGGCAACUUGAUUUACAAUGGCAACCAGAACGACUCGUCGGGGCUGGUAGGCGAGGCCACAUCUGAGGACUGCCUAUAUCUGGCGGUGUGGAUGCCAAAAAGGGCCGCAGCACCGCGAGCUGACGCCGGUCUGCCCGUUCUAUUUUUCAUGACUGGAGGUGGCUUUGUGAUUGGCGGAGUCGAUAUCCCGUGGCAGCUUCCGCCAUCGUGGGUCGAGCGGUCGCAGUCGCACAUCGUCGUCACUAUCAACUACCGUCUUAACAUAUUUGGCUUCCCCAACGCGCGCGGACUGGAGGGCGGCGACCAGAACCUCGGCAUCCUCGACCAGCGCGCCGCACUCGAAUGGGUGCGCGACAACAUUGCAGCCUUCGGCGGCGACCCGAACCGCAUCACCCAAUGGGGCCGGUCGGCGGGAUCUAUAAGCGCGGAUAUUCAUGCGUAUGCUUUCCACGAGGAACCCAUCGCUCAAGCCUACUGGCUUCAAUCGGGGACGAUCUUUUCUGUCUCUGCGGUCGCUGAUCCAACGUACUCAAACUUCACCUUCGUGGCGCGCCACGUUGGGUGCGAUGCUCCAAGCGGCGACGAUGACGACGAGGACGGUGCAGCGGAGCUUGACUGCAUGCGACGUGUGCCGUUUGCACAGAUAGAGAACUUCAUCGGACAGUACGGCGAUCGGGGCGAAACACCCGCGCUUUCCUUCAGCUUGAUUCCCGAUGAUCGAAUUGUGUUCACUGACUACGAGGCCCGGUCUGAAGCAGGCAAGAUCGCGCGCCUCCCGGCCAUUAUCUCGGCCACGGCCAAUGAAUUCUCAUCGUUGGUUCCAUAUCCGGUAGAUAACUUGACAGCGGGCCCGUACCAGCCGGCGGUCGAUGCUGGCACGAUAUCGUUCGGGGUUUGUCCAACAUUCAACUCAACCGUAUAUAGAAACCGGAUGGGUGCUGAUGUGCCAGUUUUCCGGUUCCAGUAUGCGGGUACGUUUCCUAAUUUGAACUACUACAAGUGGCUCGGCGCGUACCAUGCCAGUGACGCGCCAAUAGCCUUUGGGACGUAUAGACUGCUGGACCACAUCGCGAACACCACCACUCUCGAAAUCGAAGUUAGCAAUUCGAUGCAGGACCAUGUUCUCGCCUUCGUUAAGGACCCGUAUCAUGGCCCGCAGACGGCUAUGGGCUGGAAGCCGAUGGUUGUUAGUGAUCCGCAUGGUGGGGACCUCAUCCGUUUCGGUGCUAAUGGGAAAGUGUCAGAGCGUGUUGACGGAGUUGAAGUGGAUGGAGUAUGCCAAGGAAUAAGAGAGUAUAAUCCAUUACCAUAG